AUGGUGAAUCAGCAUAUUAACAAAAUCACAGCUGAACUAGGUCAGCAUCGGGAACAGGCUCAGCAUAAUAUUAAGAAAGCCCAAGGUCGACAAAAAAGAUAUUACGAUAAUAAGAUCAAAGUAGUGGAGUUUAAAAUCAGUGAUCUAGUAUUGUUCUAUGAUUCGGUUAAAGAAAAGUACUAA